AGACAAGACAGUCAUAAGUCGGACAUCGCUAGCUCAGGCGCCACAGUCAGUUUCCAAUACCGACUUCAUCUCCCUUUUCUCACCCGAAUAACACAUCAGCUUACGAGCGAUUUAAGGGGGUUUUAAUCUAACUAGUAGAUGUUCCUCUCUCUUCGCCCGUCUGCAGAGCCGCUUGCUCAUAUUAGCGGAUAAAAAGAGACGUCGCUAAAUGCUAUGCGGCUAAUUUAACCUUCUUGUUUGUUUUGAUGUUUUUUUGAGGUCACUAGAUCAUCACCAGACCUGCCAGACGACACUAGACCAAAACCAGAGACAUACAACCAAGACCGUAUAUAGUUAAGCUGCAUAUAUACACUAACUACUUACUAAACGACCGUAUAUGUGUUUUAAUAUAGGUUAGCUGAAUCCGUUUUGGCCUAAAAUGGGUUAGUUAGCUUAGCUCAGCUAGCUAGCUGGUGCUAACUGCCGUUAACCGAGCAGCCGCCGCUUUGUUCGUCUGUUUCGAUCAGCAGCGGUGGAAAGGGCGUUUUGGGUCCAGGUCGAGGAAAGCUGGAUGCGGCUGAUUAAACAGCCGCAGUGCUAGUGCUCGUCGUGGUGAACUACCUGGACCUGGUGCACAUCCAGAAGAAAGAAUCCAUGGUGCUCCGCAGGCUGCUGCGCAGACGCUGGGUCCUGGGGGUCGUCCUCGGCUUGUCCCUCCUUUACUUUGUCACCAGCACCCUCAAACAGGAGGAGCGAACCGGACGGGACCGCACGCUCCUUCAGACGAGCGAAUCUGACCACCGCAUACCAUGGAAGGUGAAGUUCAACCUGGGCAACAGUAGCAGGCAGAUCACACAGUGUAGAAACUCCAUACAGGGGAAGACCCUCCUCACAGAUGAACUUGGUUAUGUAUGUGAGAGGAAAGAUCUGCUGGUUAACGGCUGCUGUAACGUGAACGCGCCGAGCUCCAGGCAGCACAUCUGUAAGAGCUGUCUGCCCAACGGCUGCUGCAGUGUGUACGAGUACUGCGUCUCCUGCUGCCUUCAGCCUGACAAGCAACCCCUCCUGGAGCGUUUUUUGAACCGAGCAGCUGAAGGGUUUCAGAAUCUCUUCACAGCCGUAGAGGAUCACUUUGAGCUGUGCCUGGCUAAAUGCCGUACCUCCUCACAGAGUGUCCAGCAUGAAAACACCUACAGAAACCCUCAGGCCAAGUACUGUUAUGGUGAAAGCCCUCCCGAACUCCUGCCAAUCUGAUGGUUUGUGUUCGGAAGGAACGCAUUUUCAGCGUCUUUGAAUGGCCGCGUUGGACCAAAACGAACAGACUGAACACGCCAGCACAAAGACGUAACCUGGCAGCGGGGACAAAAAGGAUGAAGGAUAUCAUGUACACUUCAUAAGUGCAUAGAACCAUCUUAACCUCAUCAGUGAUGAUCAUCUAGUUGCUUAUAAGGGGCGGGGGGUGUUUUGUUCUGUCUUAUUGUUGGUCACCGUGGUGCUGCAAGUAUUUUCAGGGCCACUGCACUGCAGAAAUACACCCUCCCAGGUGUUGACUAAACUGGAAAUGCUUCAACGUGUGAGUCUGAUGUCAGAUUAUGUCUGCCACCAAACUCAAACAGAAACUGUGUCUAGAAUAUUGCAUAUGGGUGCGGUAAAUGUUGACUCGGUGGUAAACAGUAAGGGAAACUAAACUUUUUGAGCUUAUCAUAAGUAUGCUUUUUCUUCUUGGUGGUGUUUUUCAGUACAAUUCUUACACUAAUCUGAGAUUUGUGUUACAUGGUUGCAUGUAAACUGCUAUAUGUUAAUUUAAUAAAGUUUUAAUCACUCACUGUA